GUCAUUUCAGAGGAAUGAGGGAGGGAGUUUAUGUUCUGACCUAACAAGAUCACAAAUGAAAAACAUGCAAUGAACAAGUGUGCAUGCAUGCUUGCGUACAAGCGUGCGCGCACACAGUUUAAUCAAAAGAGCCAGAAGCACUGCUUUAAAAUACCUAAAGCCCCAACAAUUUACUUUUCACAAAUGUUUGAGCUGGUUAAAAUGUAAAGCCAUCAUAUACUAUGAAAACUGAGGGAAAAGAGAGAGGAGGGAGGAGUAAAGGACUGACUCAUGCUUUGGCCAGCACAAUUACGGUCCACUGGGGAUGUGUUUAAAGGAAGGAAGGAAACCUCACUUUCAAGAGAGGACUCCAAGCAAAGCUACAGUAACAGUUUGGAUUUGAGCACCAGCUGAAAGAUCCUGAACAUGUCCCAGCUACAUGAGGAUGGAGAGGAAGAAAAACUAAAGAGGCCAGAGGUGAGAAAUGAGGACCUGAUUGAAGCCAGAGAUAAGUUGGCGUCUGGGACCGCGAUGAAGAGUAAAACUUUUGAAGUGAUGGAGGAAUGUGAACGUGUGGGAAAAGCUGCUCCAUCUGUGUUCAGCACUGUUCGAUCAGGAGGAGAGACUGUCUUCAACAAAACAUGGAAAAAGUAACAAGGAACAAUUUUUUUGAUUUUCCAAUUUUCCAAAAUUUGUAACCUUUGAAAUAAAAGGAUCGAUUAAAAAAAUUCCAGAGAUUUUCUCUGAAUUGUUA